CCGGACAGAUGACUUAAAUUUUCGAUUGCCCCCUUCUUCAAAACAACUAAACAAGUCCUGAUUAGAGAGAGCUCAAUUUUCUCUGCUUCCAUCUCUCUCCAAAGAAGCAGACGAAGAAGACGACUCUAAAUAGGGCUGUACGCGCAUCUCUCUUACCCGGUCUUUUCGUUUUUGGUGUGUUAAAGUCUGGAGCUUUUUAUGAACGUUGAUUGCUUUCUUCAUUUUAUUUGGGCUUUUGGUGUUACUUAGUGUGGGCAGCGGUGUUUGCUUUGGAAAUUUAGAAUUGCAAGUGAGUGUGUUUGAUGUGUGGGAAGGAGGAUACAAAAGAAUGGACUGAUGUAGCCCGUGAUCAGCCCCCAAUCCAUUUAAAAUGGUGACGUGGCUUCUGGAUUUUUAAUCUGCACUGUACUUUUGGAAUAACAGGAGAUCUUGCCGAAUCCUUAAAGACAGGCCCUCCUCUUUGCCUGUCCUGUCCGCUGCGCGUGAUCACCAUUUUCCAGCCACCAAAUCUCAAUUUGGAUUAUAAACUUUUUGAAGGAGGCCCAGAUGUUCUACCUUAGCCGAUUGGAGCACACCUUUCGCUUGCCGCCAAGUCUCCUUAGCCUUCCCCGCGAGGAAGCUGUCAAAGGAGAGCUUGAAAGACUUUUCCUAGACAAGGUUAUUGCAACAUUGGGUCUUUGUGUCUCCAUCUAUGAUAUCCGCGCCAUUAAAGGUGGCUUUAUCUGUCCCGGUGAUGGCGCUGCGACCUAUACGGUGGUGUUCAGAAUGAUUAUGUUUCGUCCAUUUGUGGGAGAGAUCAUUGGUGCAAAACUUAAAGAAUCUAAUGCUACGGGUUUACGCUUAUCACUUGGAUUUUUCGAUGACAUUUAUAUACCGGGCCAACUUUUCCCAUCUCCAUCCCGCUUCAAACCUGACCCAAAUAAAAAGGACAAAGGCACAUGGGAAUGGGAGUAUGGUGAAGAACCAUUUAUUAUUGAUGGGAUUGAUGAGAUCAUGUUCCGAGUUCACAGCGUAAGUUAUCCACCUAUCCCACUUGAGCAGCCAGAAGAAGCUAAGCCAUUUGCUCCGAUGGUGAUUACUGGAUCAAUUGAUGACGAUGGUUUGGGUCCAGUUUCAUGGUGGGCUGGUGCAGAACAGACCGACGAACCUUAAGCUGGUAUGGAUCAUGGAUGGUUGACUAAAUUUUAGCCUGUCCAAGCUUCCAGUGAGAGAGAGUUCUAUCGGGGCAGAUUUCAAACAAUCUAAGGUGCGGAGUCCACUUAUUAGGGCAGGUGGACCUUAUUGAAGUUUUCUCUCAAUCGGAUGCAAUUAUUAGAACCUCUCAAGUUAUCACUAGAGUAAUGUUAGUAAUGCUACUCUUUACACUCAGUUAUUCCAUGUUUUUUACAUAAGCCAACAUGAUGUGUUUUAAUUGGUUUUUUAUGUUGACCACUUAAAAUACGUCACUUUAGUGAUAUUAAAAUACGCAUUCAACCCUAA